AUGAAGGAUAGGACAGCGCGGUUCCAGAGUACUUUUGGAGAGUUACCAACAGUUCGAGUGUUUUGUCCGGGUAGAGUCAACCUGAUAGGAGAGCAUAUUGAUUAUCAUGGUUAUGGUGUUUUACCGAUAGCAAUCAAGGAUGGCACAGAGAUUUUGGCUGCUCCAAAUGGCAGAAAGGAAAUCCGCAUCACAAACGCGGACAACCAGUAUCAGGAGUGCGUUGUCGAGCUCCCUUCAGUUUGGGUUGGUGCUUGUCCACCGAAAUGGUUCGACUAUAUUCUUUGUGGUUGGAAAGUUAUACUAAACAAAUUGGGAGUUGAACAAAUAGGAUUCGACUUGCUUAAUUUUCUUCUUCGAGGUUCCAUCCCACCUUCAUCCGGUCUGUCAAGCAGCUCGUCAUUGGUGUGUGCGGCUGCACUCACCACUUGGAUGAUUCACACAGGCAAAAUUUUCGAGGGCAUUACACGUGAGGAGCUAGCCGAUUUAUGCGCAGUUGGGGAACGCUUCAUCGGCACUCAAGGAGGAGGAAUGGACCAAGCUAUUUUGGCCGUGGAAGGUGGUGCGGUCCGAAUCGACUUUGAACCUCUACGGUCUCGUGUUAUUCCUCUGCCCAAUAAUGCUUCCUUUACGAUUCUGCAUUGUGGAGAUACACUCAACAAGGAAGCGGCCACUUCAGACUACAAUGAACGAGUUGUAGAGGGGAGACUGGCUGCCAAGGAAAUACUUGGUAAGUCACUCAAGGAAAUGUUGACUGUGUGUGACGAACUGCCUGAAGAAGCGACGCGAGAGCGACUGGAAGAGGUUUUAGGAAAAGAAGUAGUUAUGGCAUGCCUCAGUUCGAAUACAGAAUCGUUCAAACUACGCGCAAGAGCUCAUCAUGUCUACAGUGAGGCCCUUCGAGUUGAUCUGUUCGAGCAGGCAUGCAGGAAGGGAGAUCUUUCCAGUAUGGGGAGAUUGAUGUAUGACAGUCAUGAGAGCUGCAGAAAGAACUACGAGUGUAGUUGUGCAUCACUUGACAAGUUGGUUGAGGAUUGCCGCAGUGCUGGCGCUUAUGGCGCACGCCUUACAGGUGCUGGUUGGGGUGGGUGCGCUGUCGCACUUGUCAAUGCCUCCCAGCCUAUUGAUCUGGGUGGAAAAGUGCUCUUCCUUAGUGAACCUUCAGCUGGUAUUGCUGCAAAUUUCCUUUAA